CAGGAGCUCAGGGGCCUGGUAGGAGGGUCCCGCGGGCCGGAUGUGGCCCGUGGGCCAUAGUUUUACCACCUCUGAUCUAGAUGAAGACAUACAGUGUCUGGCUACUAACCUACACGGCUUCUCUGGCAGGUUCUGGUGGCUCCUGCAGCAGCAGACAAGGGAGACCGCCAGAGGGCUCCGAGACUGUUUAUAGGGACAACACCCAGUCCCGGCACAUCACAGCGAGCAAAUCUCUGUGUCUGCGUGUGAGCUACAAUUUGUUACAGGUGUCGGCAGAGGUUUGCAGCCCGAGGCUCAGACUUCAGCCGACUUGCCCGAGCUGUCCAAGCUCCGUUGGGUCAGCGGCUGGCCUGGAGAUAUUUGAGACUUUGCAAAUGAUUAAAUGUGUCUUCCUCGCGCUGGCCCUGGCGCCGCGUGCCCUUUCCCAGCUGCAGCUGGUGGCCUCUGGCCCGGGGUUGGGGAAGGUCUCGGAGCCCCUCACACUGACCUGCGCUGUCUCCGGGGUCUCCAUCAAUACUCAGGGUCAUGUCUGGUAUUGGGUUUGGCAGUUUCCUGGAGAAGAGUUGGAAUCCAUGGGAUAUGUUUAUCCAUAUAUCAGGGCCACGCGCUACACCCCAUCUCUCCAAGACCUGAUCACCAUCUCCACAGACACCACCAGCAACCAGGUGUCCCUGCAGCUCCACCCGCUGACAGCUGCGGACACCGCCACCUAUUACUGCGCCUGGAGAGACACAGUGACAUGGAAACAGGGGGCCUGGGACAAAAAGGGGGCCAGCCACACACGUCGCCUCCCAGAGAGAAGACACCUGACUUUGCCCUUGAGGUCCACCCAAUUCCGCUGUCCCUGGAAAGAGACGCUUUGUCAGAGGCACCCACGAAGCUGGAGAGAAGCAGAGAAAGAGGAAACACCUGCCCUGGUGAAUGGGCAGAAGAGAAACUUUGUUACAGGAGUUUUGCAGUUUUGGAAACCACGAAUCUGGAUCUGAGGUUACAACAGACUGUC